CAAAAGUGAGAUCAGUCUGUCACAUGGGGCUAUCUUGUACAAAAUAAAAAAAGAAGGAUACAGCUACAAACUCAAUCAAUACAGUGAAAUGUUGAAUCUUAUUAUGACUUGAACAAAGCUUAUUUCUUUGUGAAUUGUGACACAUACUUGAUCUCUAUAUUUUGUUAAAAUUACACUUUCUGCUUGUCAGAAUUACAUCGGAUGAAGGUCAUGAACUUUAGUAAUGACAUGGAAUGUAUAAAGAAAGAAGUGGAGCAGAUGACCAAGGAAUUGGAGGAGAGUAAGAUCAUCAAGGAAAAGAGCAAGGCCCAAAAUAUUCUGCACCACAGUGAGAUUCGAAAGAUGAGAAAGGAAUUGGAGGAGAGUAAGAUCAUAAAGGAAGAACUUGAGCAGAUCACCAACGAAUUGGAGGAGAGCAAGUCGAUGAAUGAGCUGCUGCAAAAGAACAUUACUGCGGAGAUUCAAAAGAAUUUAAUGCAAGUUAGCUCUCUUCAGAUGGCUGCUCUGAAACAACAAAAUGAGCAUAAAAAUGUUUUGAAAUUGGUUGAAGAUCUCAAGGAUCAAAAUGAAAAACUCAAUGCCAAAAUAAUUGAGCUUGAAAAACAACCCAAAAGUCUUUCGCGGUUAAGGGCACUGCUACUUAAAACAGAAUCAGAUGUCCCGGAGGACAUGAAAAAGGAAGAGCUACUUCAAGAAUCAAAAGAUUAUAACCAAUCACUGAUCAUUAAAGAGCGUGAGAGCAAUGAUGAGAUUCAGAAAGCUCGUAAAAAAUUGAUUGAGGGUAUCGAAGGUAAGACAAGUCCUUGUGCUGAUAUUGGUGUGAAGAGAAUUGGGGCAUUGGACACUAUGCCAUUCUAUAAAGCUUUUAGAAUGACGAAGAAAUAUGAUAAGGAGGAAGCAGAGCAGCAGGCUUUAGAAGUGUGUUCUAAGUGGGAAAAGAAUCUCAAGGACCCCAAAUGGAAUCCUUUCAAAACAAUCACCGUCCGCGGGGAAACACAGGAAAUCAUUGAUGAGGAUGAUGAAAAGCUGGAACGACUGAGAAAGGAUGUGGGUGUUGGGGCAUACAAAGCAGUGGUAGCAGCUUUGAAAGAGAUGAAGGAAUACAAUGCUAGUGGGAGAGUUGCAGUCUCAGAGCUAUGGAAUCACACAAUGAGAAGGAGAGCAACUUUGGAAGAAGGAAUUGAAUUUCUGUUGGGUCAAUGCAACUUUAUUAAGGCAGAUGAGUUGAAAUGAUUCUCUUAACUAGGUAUCAAGUUGUGAAUGAUGGGUAGGUGAAUAUAUUAUGGUUUUCUUCUGUACAUUUUAAGGUACAAAGAGAAGGAUUUUAAGCGUAUCUGCUCUUUUGCAUACUCUAUCUGGUAUGAUUGAAAUCAAUUUUGCUUUGAUAAGGAAUGAAGCUAUGCCAAUUUUUCUUGGAA